AUGAUUCAAGUGAAUGAGUGUUUGUUUCAGCGUGUAACAGGACCGGAUCUGUCACGUCUGCUGAUGGCCGGGUGUCAUUCGUUUGGACGUCGAGCGCAUGCUGUGGCAGGUAGAGACAAGGCUAGCAGUAAUACACCGUCGGUUUGUUCGGCAUCACCGCAGCCAGAUGAACGCAAUGUGGACCCGCGUGCUUUCGAACGAUUCACACAGUUCUUAUUGGGUGGACAUAUCGAUGAAGCAAUCGACAGUGCACUCAAGGAUGGUCUGUACGCAGAUGCGUUGGUGUUGGCACGUCGAGUUUGUGCAAAUGAUCCUCGAAAAUUGGAUAGAGUUGAGACUGCGUUCUUGACGCAUCGUAGCGAACAGAAUCCCGUAAUGACGCUUCUGAGUGUUGCGAGUGAUACACCUGCACCUAUUUUGGUGAGUGGCUCACUUUAUCUUUAA